AUGCAUAGAGUUCUUGUCAAUCUUCAACCUUUCAAUUUUUCCAUGAACGGAUUAAAGCUAAUUGUUCUACAUCUCAUUUUGCUGCUGUUUCAUGUCGAAGCACAAACAAUAGGCCCGGAUUUUUCUACACAAGAUAAUUCAAAUAAUUUUCAACCAAGCUUACUUGUUGUUAUAGGAAUUCUGGGUGUUAUGUUUGUGUUUACCUUUCUAAUUCUUGUAUACGCAAAGGUCUGCCACAGCAGAGAGCCUGUUGGUCGAAAUUCGAUUCAGAAUCGGACGGGGCUCAUUAGCUCAAGCGGUAGAUUUUCAGGCAUAGACAAGACGGUGAUUGAGUCACUUCCUUUCUUUAGAUUCUCAUCUCUGAAGGGCUCAAAGGAAGGGCUGGAAUGUGUAGUCUGUCUAUCGAAAUUCGAAGAUAUCGAAGUUCUUCGAAUGCUUCCAAAAUGCAGACAUGCCUUUCACAUUAAUUGCAUUGAUCAUUGGCUUGAGAAACACUCUAGCUGUCCUCUUUGCAGGCACAAAGUGAGUUCUGAGGAUUUGAAACUGAUCACUUAUUCAAAUAGUAUGAGAUUCUUGUGGAACAACCAAUCAGAGCGGAGAGAAGACUCGAACAACAAGGAGUUGUUUGUCGAAAGAGAAGGAAGCCAUAGAGGGUCUUCAAGAUUCAGCAUAGGAGGUAGCUUUAGGAAGAUUCAUGAAAAGGGUCAUAAUAAAGAAGAGGAAUUGUUAAUCCUACAAGAAAACGAAGAAGAUCAAAAUGUUUUGCAUAAGCACAACCACAAAAUUCUUGCGUCGGAUUUCGUCUUCAACAACAGGUGGAGUAAUUUGAGGUCUUCCGACCUCAUGUUCUUGAACUCUGAGAUGCUCAACGAGGUGUCAAGCGGUAGAUUCUCUUCCACGGAUUGGAACAUCGACAUGUCAUCUACCGGAAAUGCAGCAGAGAAUGAGGAAAUCAUGAAGGCCAAGGAGACGGAGAUGAAAAAAUCGUUUGAGAGCAAAGAUGGAAGAAUUAGUACUUCAGAUGGCAGGGCAAGUACUUCAAGUCAUACAUCGAGGUCUAUGAUGAACUCUGGUGAGCAGAGAUCGGUGUCGGAAAUCACUUCUUUUUCAAGGUAUGGAAGUUUGAGUGUGAAGAACAGGAAUACAGAUUCAUCUUCUUGGUCUGAAAACAAUGUGAAAGAGGAAAGGAUAAGAAGAGUUUGGUUGCCUAUUGCAAGAAGAACAGUUCAAUGGUUUGCCAAUGGAGAGAAAAGGUCUCAAUCGUCAAAUAAUCCACAAAGCCAGCCCUUAGAUGUGUAG